AAAACCACAGAUAUUUGGAUCAUAUUCCUCGUCGCCAGUCAAGCCCUGACAUCGGUGGAUUCAAUUCACUCGCUAUCAUUUUGUCUCUCAGCAUCAGAAGCCAAAGAAAAGGGGAAGUAAAGAGUAGGAUACUAUGAAGGAGGAGAAGAGUCCUCUUCUCUCGCCGCCGCACCCACCGCCAUACGCGGAGGAGGAUGGACGCAACAACAGCAGCACAACUGGUGGCGCUGAUGCAGCCCCGCCCAAGGAUGUAUUCCAUUUCGCUUACAUCGUCUACUUCACACUCGGAGCCGGCUUCCUCCUUCCUUGGAACGCCUUCAUCACCGCCGUUGACUACUUCAGCUACCUCUACCCAGCAGCCCCCGUGGAUCGCGUCUUCUCCGUAGGCUAUAUGAUCUCAUGCUUGAUCCCCCUUCUGUUCAUCGUAGGAUGGGGCGCACACCGUUCAAGCGUCUCCACCAGGAUCAACAUUGGCCUCGCCCUUUUCACUCUUUCCCUCCUGGUGGUCCCUGUCAUGGACGCUGUCUAUGUGAAGGGCGUCAGGGGGCGGUAUUCUGGUUAUUAUGUCACCGUGGGGGCUGUUGUGGUGUCCGGCGCUGCUGAUGCUCUUGUGCAGGGUGGGGUUAUUGGCGCCGCUGGGGAAAUGCCCGAGCGCUACAUGCAGGCUGUUUGUGCCGGCACAGCUGCUUCAGGGGUGCUUGUCUCUGCAAUGAGGAUAGUAACAAAAGCAAUAUUUCCACAAGAUACUCAUGGAUUGAGGAAUAGUGCAAAUGUCUACUUUGGCGUAAGUAUCGCAAUAAUGAUCAUAUGCAUUGUUUGUUAUAAUAUAGCAGACAGGCUUCCUGUUGUCAAACAUUACAAAGAUAUCAAACUGCAAGCUCAAAAAGAGGAGAUAAAUGAGAAAGGAUUGCUCAGUGGAAAAGCCUGGAGAUCAACAUUGUGGGACAUCAUUGGGAGAAUUAAGUGGUUUGGGAUUGGCAUCUUCCUGAUCUAUGUUGUCACUCUUUCAAUUUUUCCUGGAUAUAUCACAGAAGAUGUGCACUCUGAGGUCCUCAAGGACUGGUAUCCAAUUAUCCUUAUCACUGGAUAUAAUGUGUUUGAUCUGUUGGGUAAGACUCUCCCUGCUGUUUAUCUCCUGGAAAACGUAAAUGUUGCGUUUGCCGGAAGUGCUGCAAGGUUGUUUUUCUAUCCUCUAUUUCUGAGUUGCUUGCACGGUCCACACUUUUUCAGAACUGAAAUUCCGGUCACUGUACUUACGUGUCUUCUUGGGCUGACGAAUGGCUAUUUUACUGCCAUUUUGAUGAUUCUGGCUCCUAAAAGUGUCCCAAUUCAGCAUGCUGAGACCACUGGCAUUGUGAUUGUUGUAUUCUUGGUGCUUGGUUUGGCAGUUGGCUCUGUGGUAUCUUGGUUUUGGGUUAUAUGAUGAUAAACAAAUGUGUUACGGUAAGGGGAACACCCUUCACUGCUUCACAUCUAAUGCACAUCAUCUUUAUAUUCUAUUAAAUGUUAAAACAUUUCUGAUAUUUAUCCUGCUGGCCCCACUGUGAAAUGCUUUGAUCCCCUUACGUUUGUAAAACUGUGAGAGAUUGUUGUCGUGUAUUUGCUUACGUUUUAUGAAUUAUAAAUGUGUGCAUUACGUUCA